UAAGUUUGCAACAAUCAGUGGCGAAAAACUGGUCUUUGACGUCAUUGGCGAGUGCAAUUUAUUGUUUGUUGUUGCAAAAGAAAAUUCCCAACUUUUCGAUAAAAAUUGUAGAUACGUGAUAAUUUUUGCCAAAAAUGGCAAAGCAUAAGGUUGUUAUUGAUGAUAUUUUGGUGGAGUUCAGCCACGAACCGUACGAUAUCCAAAAAACGUACAUGAAAAGUAUGAUUCAAGCAUUGAAAACUGGACAACGCGCCAUUUUGGAAUCGCCAACAGGCACUGGAAAAACAUUGAGUUUGUUGUGCUCAACUUUGGCGUGGAUUGGAAAACGUACCGGCAAUGAAAGUGGUGCUACCACAUAUAAGGUGAUAUACGCAACUCGAACUCACACACAAAUUAAAAAAGCGAUGAAAGAAUUAAAAAAAAGCCCUUAUAAAAAAGUCAAAGCGGCAGUUCUUGGUUCACGCGAUGAGCUAUGUAUUCAUCCAGAUGUGAAAAACUUGAAGACCAAUGACGAAAAAAUUGAUAAAUGCCAACUAUUGAGAGACGAAAAUAAUUGCGAAUUUUAUAAGAAUUUGACAGGAGAUGUGGGACCAUUGAAAGAACCAAUACUUGACAUCGAAGAUCUUUGCAAGUAUGGGAAGCAGAAUCACUGUUGUCCAUAUUUUAUGUCGCGUAAAAGAACUGAAGAAGCGAAAAUCAUAUUCAUGCCUUACAACUACUUAUUCGUUCCAAAAUUACGCGAUACUAUGGAAAUCGAUAUGAAAAAUGCUGUCGUGAUUAUUGAUGAAGCCCAUAAUAUUCCGGACGUUUGCCUUAAUGCUGCAUCUAAGCACAUCUCAACCAAAAACAUAUCAAACGCACUUGACGGUUUGGAUUAUAUUAUUGAGAAUUCAAGUACAAUGGAAGCUGGCGCUAAUGAUUUGAAGAAAUCAUUAUCGGAUCUUUUCAAGAAAUUGAUAGAUAUUAAAACUGGUACAAAACACGGUGGAUUCAUAUUCGAACUGUUGGAGAGCGUUGAGAUUGACAUGCACAGUAUUGAUAUGUUGGGAAAGUUGAUCAAGUUUUUGAAAACACAACCGAAAAAUGACCAUGGUUUGCAAAAACUCGAUGGAUUACGUAAUAUACAAGACUUCCUGAAAAUCAUUUUUUGGAGUGCCGACCAAGAUUUUGAUUCGGAAAGGGAUCGCGCAAAUUUUCUAGACAGAUUAAAUCGAUUAUAUAAAGUGCAUGCUGAAGUAGAAGAAGAAGAAGAAAAAGAAGAAGAAGAAGAAGCAGCAGCAGAAGAGGGUAACGGUCGAAAAAUAAUACUGCAUUUUAUAUGCCUUUCUCCAGCAAUCGGAAUGCAUAGCUUACUUGCACAAAAUCUGCACUCUUUGAUUAUGACGAGUGGUACUCUGGCUCCGUUAGAACCAUUCGCUAAAGAACUGGAAAUCGAAAUUCCAAUACAACUAGAAAUCCCAUCACACAUCAUUGAUCAAGAACAAGUGUUUGCACGAAUUUUAUCUAGAGGCGUUGAUAUUGGACCGUUCGAUUCCAUAAAGAAACACAUGGGAAUCGCUUAUUUGUUAACUAUUGGACGCACUCUACUAAAAUUAUCUGAAGUUAUACCUGACGGAAUUUUGGUUUUCUUUCGUCAAUACGAUGUAAUGGAGAAGUGUGUAGAGACUUGGCAAGACCAAAACGAAGGGGAUAUUUGGUCAAAUAUUGAAGAACAAAAAAAGAUCUUCGUUGAAUCAAAAAAUAGAGACGAGUUUAAACAAUCAAUGAAUGACUACGUGGCAAAAAUUAAUGAACAAAAUAGCAAAGGAGCCAUUUUUAUGGCGGUAGCGAGAGGAAAGGUCAGCGAGGGUUUGAAUUUCAGCGAUAAGUACGGUCGUUGCGUUAUGAUGGUUGGUCUUCCAUUACGAACGUGGAGUGAUUUGAAGAUCAAACUGAGACGAGAGUAUUUUGAUAAGAACCCGCAAAUUGGAUUUGCGGGAAGGGAUUGGUGUUAUUUGGAUGCAUGCAGAGCUGCCAACCAGGCCAUAGGUAGAGUCAUUCGACAUCGAAAUGAUUAUGGAGCUAUUUUGCUUUGCGAUGAUCGUAUCGGACAAUAUAAAUCCAAUUUCUCAUCUUGGAUAAAAGAACACUUAUCGAGACAACAUCCCGAAGAAACGUUUCAGUCGAUGUGGACUAAUUUAGACACAUUUUUCUUAAAUGCAAAGAAAAUGUACCCCGAGCCGAAAGAAAUUGCUUUUGAAGAAGUAUACAACGAUGAAGCAGCAACAAAUGAUGAGGAUAGCGAAGAAAAUAACGAUGAAACUAUUUCAUCCCAGGCUACAAACAGUUCUAUCGGUGAGUUGUGUGGAGAAGGUACACCUUCAAAGCGCCUUAAGAUGGAGGACAACAAUGUAAAUCAAACACAGACAGUAUUUGACUGACUGCAAUGUCAAACAAAUAAAAACUUUUGACCAAGAAAAAAUCUGAAUGAAAUGAACAACUAAAGAAAUAACGAAUAGAACAGACGAAAACCUAAAUUAGGUUACCUAAUCCAGAAAAGCUAUGUAUAGCUUAUAUAGUGUAUACACUUUGUUGUAAAAAAAAAAUAAUUCGCAUUACAAUAAAUACAUUACGUUAGCAA